CCCAACUUUCUUUUUUAAUGUGCAGAAUUACACAUUUGAUCAUUUGCUGUUUAAUCUCUCCUGGAGAACUAAUGAGCAGAUUUUCUUCUUUCUCAUCCCAUUUUUUGUCUCACUACUCUAAAGAAUGAAGUACACAGACAAUGAAAGGUUAUGUGAAGUGACCGAGAAGUUUGCUUGAUAUUGAAGAUUCCAACUGUCAUGAGUACUUCUGGCCUCAUUUUCCAUCCUGAUACUUGUUUUGAGGAAGUAAGAAGAGGUUAGUAGUCCUGAUUGUUCUUGCCAUGACCCCUGCUGUCCUAAGAGCAGCCUCAGCUGUCUAGCAAAGACUUGAGAAAUCCCCAAGGGGGCGGUGGAGCACUGCGUGUGUCAGGUCUGAGAUCUUGCAUCGCCAGCCCUGGGGCAUCCAAUGAAGGAAGUUAGAAACUUUUGUGCCUUCGAGAUCCAGCCCCACUGCGCAUCCUGCACCAGGAUACUCAGGAUGAAGACAACAAGAAUAGACUGCUGGUUCCCCAUGGCUUUUACUAUGUACUGACACAGUUUAUGAUGGCAUCCAAAGUUGAAAAGACUCAUGCUUUACAACAGUGUUUUAGCACAGAAUCUCUCAUUUCCAGCCUUGGUUUGGGGAUCUUUUGCCUAGUGGCUGAUAGAUUCCUCCGGUUUUCCAUAAUUCACCAAAAUGAUUGGCUUCGUGCCCUCUCAGAUAACAUAGUACACGGUGUGAUUGGCAUGUGGUCAUGGGCAGUCGUCAUUGGAAUCAAGAAGAAGGCUGACUUUGGAGAAGUCCUUUUAGCUGGGUUUUUAGCCUCUGUUAUUGAUAUCGACCAUUUUUUUCUCGCUGGAUCCCUAUCUUUAAAGGCUGCUUUGACCCUUCCGAGAAGACCUUUUCUGCACUGCUCCACCGUGAUUCCUGUCGCAGUUGUGAGUGUGAAGCUCGCCAUGCACCUGCUCAGGCUCAGAGACACAUGGUGCUUCCUCCCGUGGAUGUUAUUCAUUUCCUGGGCUUCGCACCAUAUCCGAGACGGAAUUCGUCAUGGCCUGUGGAUAUGCCCAUUUGGAAAAACUUCUCCUUUGCCCUUCUGGCUUUAUGUGAUAACCACAUUAUCCUUACCACAUAUGUGUUCAUUCCUCAUGUAUUUAACAGGGACCAGACAGGUGAUGUCUUCAAAACAGGAGAUGCGCAUUGAUGUCUGAGAUAGAUGACCACAUGGCCCUACGGAAAGGAAACAGCUCACGUGACGGUAAAGCAAGACAGUGAUGUUCAAGUGAAAUUGUUUUUGUUUUUGUUGAGACAGGGUUUCUCUGUGCAGCCCUGGCUGUCCUAGAACUCCCCCUGUAGACCAGGGUGGCCUCAAACUCAGAGACCCACCUGCUUCUGCUGGAAUUAAAGGC